AUGGUCCGAGCUUUCCCUUCCAGCCGCAUUUCUGUGUACAGCAUACCAGAUCCAUACGACUCUGGACAGGAAAGUCAGCAUAUUCGCUACUGCUUGUCCUACCAAGAAAGCUUGCAUCAGAAGUAUUGUUUCUUCAGAUGGAGGAGGUUGUGUUUCUGGCGAAGAUGGCUUCUGGGAAUAUUACUUAUAGUUACUGUAAUUGUUACAGUAAUCGUGCUAGUCCUGCACUACUCAUUCUCUCCAGCUUUCUCCUUUAUGUAUAUUGGUGGAAGUGUAGAAAUUCCUAAUUUGACUUACACAAAUGACCUCAGUAAUCCAACGUCACAGAAAUUCCUCCUGCAAGCAGAAGCAAUCCAAAAUUAUUUUGCAGAAUCCUAUGAGUCUUCAUCCUUGGGAAGGUAUUACUUGAAGUCUGUAGUGGCUGCUUUCAGUGAAGGAGAGUCUGGACUUAGAGCUUACUACUGGAAUACAUUCUGGGCACCAAAAGAUAUCAUUGCUGCUAUUAAAAAAUUAACCCCAGUGGAGCAAAAAGAAAUCAGUAGUAAACAAGCAGCACCUAUGAACAGGUCUUCUGGGGAGGAAGAUUUUGAUCUCAUUACAAUGGAGCUUUUUGUUUCAGAUUCCACAGAAUAUGAUGUGAUGUUAAAAUCAGCAGUCUCCUUUGACCUGUAUGCCAAGCCAGGUAACAACAGGACUCUAACUCUGAUGAAUCCCAAAAAGUCUUUUUAUCAAUGGAGACUUCGAGUUCCUUCCAACUGUGUGGUGAGACUGGUAGUUACCUCUUCACAUGGUGUCACUCCGGAGAGCUGUGCAUCACACCACUUAUCAGCAUAUGAUUUCCUUCUUCCUCUGCAGAACAAGAUCAUCACAAGAUGGUGUGGAUCUGGGGCCUGGACUCCUGUUGUACGCUUAACAUCAUCAAGUAAUGUAAUGUUGCUCACCUUCUCAUUGGACCCAAGAGAUGAGAGCAACACACUAAAAGCUCACUUCCAAGCCAUUCCUAAAAUCAUGUGUGGAGGUCAUUAUAUAUCCUGGAAUGGGACACUGAGUUCCCCUUAUUACCCAAGUUACUACCCACCAAAUAUUGACUGCAGCUGGAUCAUCAGAGCACCAUUGCCUGGUUACAAGCUCUUGUUAAAAAUCCUCAUAAUACAAAUUCAAGAGAAGUCUCCAGGGUCUAGUAAAUGUGAUAAAGACUGGUUAGAAAUUGAUGGGGUUAGAUACUGUAAAACUCUCUCAGAAAACAACAGAAACAAAGAAUAUGGCUAUUCUGUCACAAUCAACUUCCAUUCUGAUGAACUGGUCACCCACAGAGGGUUUUUUAUUGAGUACAAAGCCUUCAGUUACACAGAUCAUUGUAAUCCAGAACAGUUGAAGUGUGGUGAUGGGAAGUGUAAGCAACAGUAUAAGACUUGUAAAGAUGAUGACAGCUGUGGGGAGGACAGUGAUGAAAACAGGUGCUCCUACAAAAGUUGCUCCCCACAUGCAUACAAAUGUCUCAAUGGAAAAUGCUUGCUGAAAACAAAUCCUGAGUGUGAUGGGAAAAGAGACUGUGCAGAUGGAUCUGAUGAAAUGAACUGCGCUUGUGGAAGACCCCAGCUUAAGAAAAACAGAAUUGUUGGAGGUGAAGAUGCCAGAUCUGGAAAGUGGCCUUGGCAAGCAAGUUUACAGAUGGGAGUGCAUGGCCAUGUAUGUGGUGCAUCUCUUAUUUCCAAUAGGUGGCUCAUAUCUGCUGCCCAUUGCUUCCUGGAUUCUGAUUCUGUGAGAUACUCCAGUCCUUCAGGAUGGAGAGCAUAUAUGGGCUUACACACUAUUAAUGAAAAGAGCAAUCGUGUAGCUAUGAGACCAAUCAAAAAGAUUCUUGUCCACCCACAGUAUGACCAAUCUAUCUCAGACUAUGACAUUGCCCUGUUGGAAAUGGAGACACCCGUGUUCUUCAGUGAGCUGGUACAGCCCAUUUGUUUACCCAGCACCUCUAGAGUAUUUGUUUAUGGAACUGCCUGCUAUGUAACUGGCUGGGGAGCCAUAACAGAAAAUAGUCACCUUGCCAAAACACUACAGGAAGCUCGAGUGAGAAUAAUUAACCAAAGUGUUUGCAACAGGCUGUAUGAUGAUCUUAUCACACCACGUAUGCUGUGUGCUGGGAAUCUUAAUGGUGGUGUUGAUGCAUGCCAGGGGGAUUCUGGAGGUCCUUUGGCCUGCACAGGAAAGGGAAAUAGGUGGUACCUUGCUGGCAUUGUGAGCUGGGGUGAAGGAUGUGCCCGGCGCAAUCGUCCUGGUGUAUACACUAAGGUGACAGCACUUUAUGAGUGGAUUCGUCGGAAUGCAAACUGAUGUGCCAAGGAAAAAAUGUAAAUCUGCCUUCUGAAAGCUGCUUCUGACUGUAGUCUGCUGUGUCCAUCUUGGAUAUGUAACAUGAAAAUGCCACUGACUGUUUCUUUGAGGAUGAAUUCCUAGUGAAGAAACUCUCAUUCGAUGUACACCAAUCAGUACCUGUUCAGAGUCAGACCAACAUCAUCUUCCUUAUCUGCAGCAGCAGCAGCAGAAACAACACUGCCUUAAAAACAACAUAAAAUGGCUUAGAAUCUACAACAGAAGUCCAUCCAGAUUUUUCUUCUGAAAAUCCUCUCCCCUCCUUUCAUCUCCCUUGCUCUGUGUGUAUCUGUGUAAGUUUCUACACACACAUAGCUGGAUAUCCAUGGACACAUCCCAUAUAUAUUCAAUUCAUACAUUCUACUUUAGAGAUGUCACAGGAUUCUUAACAUAAAUAAUUUUUUCAUGUUUCUUGAAUAUACAAGUACUAUAAUCAAUACAGUGUACAAAGCUGAGAUUAGUUCAUUCCCUAGUUAUGCAGCCACUGUAUGACUGUUCCUUUCUGGGCUGUAACUUUUGGGCUGUCUCCUGUAUUUUCCUAAGAACUUGUGAUAUAUAGUUCACAAAUGUUAGAAUGCAAGAAAUUUUCAUUAAAGAACUGGGAGGGCAUAAAUGAGGUUCUUUGAGAUGUUUAAAUAACAGGAAACAAAUACUCAGUUUUAGUUAAUUAAAUAAAGAAAAAUAUGGUGCUUUCUUAUAUUUUCUUUAAAAUUUGAACAUAGCUGUGGGGUCUGAUGUUUGCAAUAUGUUAUGGGUGUGUUUCCCCAGCUUUGGCUCUUAUAUGCUCUGUGCGUUUUUCCAUGCUACUGGUGGGUUUGUGCUGCUUUUCUUGAUGUCCUUGCUCUACAGCAAAGCAGAGUUUCAAGGUCAGUGUUUUUUGGUUUGUAUCUUCCUGGGAUGUGCCCACCUGGCUACACGACAUUAAAAGGGACAUAAAAGGAGUGGUCUUCAUAGUUGGUCUUCAAUUUGUGCGCAGUGUUUACAAGUGCUUAGCU